AUGCUGAUUUUGCUUAUUGGGUCACCCAUUGAUGAUAGAAAAGCGAUAAAGCAUAUACGCGUACGCUUAGUUCUACAAGGAGCACCACAGAGAAUGAGUGUCCACACCCCCUUUUUGCCGCAAUCUCAGUAUUGGAAAGAACACCAGCUUGUCCCGCUGGGUUUGGCAGCUGGGGGAGUUGUGAGCUUGGGAAUUGCAUCGGUGGGUUUUGCGUGGUGGUACGGUGCGGACUAUUUUCAUCACCAGGGGGCCUAUGACCGUAAUUGGGUGGGUUACGACGUAUUCACAUUCGUUGGCCUGCUACUAUUCACCGUGUGUUCCUCUUCCGGUGUGACGCUGCUAUAUGUG